AUGGCCUUCUCUUCAGUUAUUGUCGUUGCUCCCUUGAUGUUCACCCUGGCUAGAUGCCAUGGGGUCAUCGUCAAUGCUCAAGGAGAAAAGGGAUCUCCUCCCAGUGUUGGAUUUCAAGUCGACCCUUCCAUUGCCCGCAACUGCAUCACCAUCAGCCCUUGCCAGCAAGACACUACCAUUAUCCGUGAUCAGGAAAUCAAGACCAAUGUCGUCAAUCAGUGCGGUCGCACGCAGCUGACAGGAAACAUUGACGUUGGAGAGAACACGGAGAAUGCCCUGGCAGCUGGACAGGUCAACGCCGAUGGUGCUGGCCCCUACACUUGCGAUAUGGACCAGUCCGGCAACACCGGCAUCGAGUUCACGAAUCUCACAGUCUCAAACAACGUGCCCGGAACCAACGGUUUCUCGCAAGCCAAGGCCGAGGCAUUCGAUAUCAAUGUUCAAAUGCCCGACAAUUUCAAGUGCGAGGGCGGAUCCACCGGCAACAUAUGCACCAUCCGCUGUCGCAAUAACGCUUUGGCUGGACCAUUCGGAGGUUGUUUCGCAGUGCAGCAGACCGAUACCAAAGGGGGAAACAACUCGCCCGCACAAAUCAGCACAGCAAAUAAACUGGAAGACGUACUUGAUCAAGUGCAGCAGGACCAAGCUGAUUUCGGCACGGCCGUCAAGGCAAACGAGGUUGCUGGAUCCGACGAGGCUGAGCAGAACCGUGCUGCCGUGGAAUCCAUCCUUGCGAAUAAGGUUGUGACCAAAGAGUUUCCUCAGGAGACACCAGACGUGAGCAACAACAACAACAAUGACAACAACGACAACAGUAACAACAACAACAACAACAACAACAACAACAAUAAAAACAACAAUAACAACAACAUCAACAAGGGCCAGGGAGGAGGUGGUGGCGGAGGUGGUGGUGGAAGCCCCGGGCAAGGAGGAGUUCGCGGAGGAGGUGGGGGAAGGGACCAAGGAGGAAAUGGAGGAGGGCAGGCCAACGCACAGAAGAAUCAACAGAAAAACCAGGGGAAAAAUCAGAAGAAGAACCAGAAGAAGAGCCAGAAGAAAAACCAGAAGAAGAACCAGAAGAAUCAGCAGAGGAGGCAGAGGGAACGGCGGGAGUGGUAA